CGGAUGAGGUCACUCUUUGUGGCGGCUGCCGUUGGCAAGAUGGCGCCGGUGUUGGCAGAGAAGAAGCUGCUGGAGCCGGACGGGCCUUUGGCCGCCGACCUCCCCAGCGAGGAAGAGGAAGGCCAGAGCCUCUGGUUGUCAAUAUUGAGUGAAGUCUCCACCCGGUCCAGGUCUAAAUUACCAUCAGGCAAAAAUAUUCUUGUCUUUGGUGAUGAUGGCUCUGGUAAAACGACCCUGCUGACUAAAAUCCAAGGAGUAGAGCAUGGCAAGAAAGGAAGAGGGUUGGAAUAUCUAUACCUAAAUGUCCAUGAUGAAGAUAGAGAUGAUCAGACCCGCUGUAAUGUUUGGAUUCUUGAUGGCGAUUUGUAUCACAAAGGUCUCUUGAAGUUUGCUGUGACAGCCGAAUCGUUGCAGGAGACUCUUGUAAUCUUUGUGGCAGAUAUGUCUAGGCCAUGGACUAUUCUGGAAUCCUUACAAAAAUGGGCAAGUGUCUUGCGUGAACAUAUUGAUAAACUGAAAAUCCCCCCGGAGGAAAUGAGAGACAUGGAACAACAAUUUGUGAAGAUUUUUCAAGAAUAUGUAGAACCGGAAGGAGGUUAUCAGGGAUCCCCACAAAGGAGAGGUCCAUCAGGGCAAGAUGAGGAGAACAUUGCCCUCCCUCUCGGAGAGAAUGUGCUGACUCACAAUCUUGGGAUCCCCGUGGUGGUAGUUUGCACAAAGUGUGACGCAAUGAGUGUGUUAGAAAAAGAGCACGACUAUAGGGAAGAACACUUUGAUUUCAUUCAGUCGCAUAUUCGUAGAUUCUGCUUGCAGUAUGGAGCAGCCUUGUUCUAUACAUCCGUUAAGGAGGAGAAGAACCUUGACUUGUUAUAUAAGUACAUUGUACAUAAAAAAUACGGCUUUCACUUUGCAAAGCCUGCCUCAGUGGUAGAAAAGGACGCAGUUUUUAUACCUGCUGGCUGGGACAAUGAAAAGAAAAUUGCAAUCCUGCAUGAGAAUUUCACAACAGUGAAACCAGAAGAUGCAUACGAAGACUUCAUCGUAAAGCCACCUGUAAGAAAGUUAGUUCAUGAUAAAGAGUUUGCGGCAGAAGACGAGCAGGUCUUUCUGAUGAAGCAGCAGUCGUUCCUUGCUAAGCAGCCGGCAACCCCUACCAGAGCUUCUGAAUCUCCAGCUCGUGGUCCUUCUGGCUCACCCCGGCCGCAAGGCAGGACAGGCCCUGCCGCCGUCCCCAGCGCCUCGCCAAUAGCAUCCGUCAAGAAACCAGAUCCGGCUAUUAAAAACAACGCCGCAAGCGAAGGAGUGCUGGCCAGUUUCUUCAAUAGCCUCUUGAGUAAAAAGACAGGUUCCCCUGGGAGUCCUGGUGCAGGAGGAGGGGGAGUGCAAAGCACCGGCAAGAAAUCAGGGCAAAAAACUGUUUUGACGAAUGUCCAAGAAGAGCUGGAUAGAAUGACUCGCAAGCCGGACUCGGUAGUAACAGCCAACUCCUCUCCGUCAGAGAACGAAGCUUGAGAAUCCUUGAACCUCCAUAUGUAAAUGACCAAAUAGUGAUGUACAUUGACCCGAUAACACCACCAGGAGCUUCCUGCCGUGGCAGAUGCUAUCAGUUUUUUUCUUGGGGGGGAAAAUGAAAUUUAACCUUCAUUGGCUUGUCCCAGUGUCAAGUGCACAUUCAGGAAGUUUUGCGUCUAAAUUUCCUCUGUUUUACGAUAACCAUUUUAGAGUUUAAAUAGGGCAUUUCUCUUAAUUUGGUUGCAAGCAAUAGGGAGAAGAAGGGCACAGAAGCAAGAGGUGGCAUUCCUGCUGAAAAGCCCACGAGCUGCCGCUGGGACGGAGGAAGCGCGAAGUCCUCUCUUGAUCCAAGUCAACUGGAGUUGGCCAUGAAAAUGCGUAACUUUGUGUUUGUAGAGGGUGCAAUGUGGCAGAAUGUUGGUUGGCUGAUGAGUGUACAAAAAUGCAGUGUGUUUUUGAAAGGGUAGAGAAAAAGACCUGAUCAAUAGAAGUGAAAAAAGCACGUUGGAUGUAAAUCAGAUAAUCAUGUCGGGGAAAAAUAAAA